GGCAUUGACACACGCAUUCGGGGUUUGGAGAUCCUGGGCCCUAAGCCCAUUUUCUGGCCAGUGUUCCGGGAGCAGCUAUGUCGUCACACACGCCUCUUCUACAUGGUUCGGGCACAGGCAUGGAGCCAGGACAUAGCAGAGGACCGCAGAAGCCUCCUGCACCUGAGCACCAGACUCAAUGGGGCUCUGCGCCAGGAGCAGACCUUCGCUGAUCUUUUCCUCCCUGAUGAUGAAGCCGCCCAGGCACUGGGCAAGACCUGCUGGGAGGCCCUGGUCAGCCCCCUGGUGCAGAACAUCACCUCUCCUGAUGAGCAUGGAGCUAGCCCCCUGGGCUGGCUCUUGGACCAGUAUGUGGAAUGUCGGGAGACUGCUCACAACCCCCAGAGCCGGGCAGCAGCUUUCUCUUCUAAGGUGCGGCGCCUCACCCACCUGCUGGUGCACGUGGAGCCCUGUGAGACAGCGCCCCCGGUGGUGGCCACCCCUCGGCCCAAGGGUAGAAACAGAAGCCAUGAUUGGAGCUCUUUGGCUACUCGGGGCCUGCCCAGCAGCAUCAUGAGAAACCUGACCCGCUGUUGGCAGGCUGUGGUAGAGGAGAAGGUGAACAACUUUCUGACCUCACACUGGCGGGACGAUGACUUUGUGCCACGCUAUUGCGAGCGCUUUUAUAACCUCCAGAAGUCCAGCUCUGAGUUGUUUGGCCCACGAGCAGCCUUCUUGCUGGCGCUGCAGAAUGGCUGUGCUGGUGCUCUGCUAAAGCUCCCUUUUCUCAGAGCUGCCCACGUGAGUGAGCAGUUUGCUCGGAACAUUGACCAACGAAUUCAAGGCAGCCGGAUUGGUGGAGCCCGGGGAAUGGAGAUGCUGGCACAAUUGCAACGAUGCCUGGAAACUGUCCUCGUUUUCUCCGGUCUAGAGAUAGCCACCACUUUUGAACAUUACUACCAGCACUACAUGGCAGACCGGCUCCUGAACAUGGGCUUCAACUGGCUGGAGGGGGCCGUGCUGGAGCAGAUCGGCCUCUGCUUCCCCAACCGCCUCCCCCAGCAGAUGCUGCAGAGCCUGAGCACCUCGGAGGAGCUGCAGCGCCAGUUCGAUGUCUACCAGCUCCAGCAGGUCGAUCAGGAACUCCUGAAGCUGGAAGAUACAGAGAAGAAAAGCCAGGUGGGCAAUGAGGCCAGUGGACAGGAACGUGAAAGCCAGAAGGAAGAGGAUGCUGGAUUAGCAGCAGCCAUAGCCAUGACACAAGGAGAGGAGGAGGAAGAAGAAGAACAAGAGGAGGAAGAAGAGGAGGAAGGGGAGGCGGACCUCUACUCUGAAGGAGCAAUGCCAAAAGUGUCUGUCAUUGUCCUGUCCCCGCGCUAUUGGCCUGUUGACUCCAUCUGUCACACUCUGGACCCCCAAACCUGCCUGCCCCCCUCCCUGAGGGGCACUUUGACUCGAUACUCCAACUUCUAUAACACGAGUGAGUAG